UACUAUAUAAUUAUUAAAAACUGUAAAUUUUAUUAUUCUAAAUUAGAUAUUAGUGACCUCCUUGCAGUUUUUCUGUUGACAUUAAAGAAUUGAAUUAACGAUUUUUUUUUAAAGUAAUAUCAACAAGUUAAAUUAUAAGAUCCCAUAAUUAUUAAAUCUUGACUAUUGCAAAUGCAGACAUAGUAUCUUUUUUUCUUAAAGUAUGCAAACUUACUCACUUAAUUGCAAAACACUAUCUUUUCACACUAAAAAUCCAGUUUACAAAUAAUAAUUAAGAUAAAUUUACAUUAUUAUAAUAUCUUGUUAUAUAUUAUUUCAAAUAUUAAUAUAAAUUAUAUGUAUGUAUAUUCAAGCACACGAUUUUGUUAGACCAGCUAUGUCUGUGAAUACAUUCAUAAUUUGCUGUAAAUACAUUCGUAACACAACGUAUUUCAUAAAAUUAAAAAUUUCACAUUCUUUUGAAUUUAAAUUUCAUUUUCCAUCUUAGAUCAAAUAUGUGUAACACCUUUAUUACUAGCCUUACUUUAAGUUUUAAUAUUUAAGAUCAACCGCGCACUUUGUGGAACAAGGAUAAGGGAAAGGUGAUAUGUGUCUUAGUGAGGUAGUGGUAAGUCUUCAUAGUUUAUACAACCAACAUAAUGCUUAAAGUCUCAGUCUUUCGCUUUCUCUGCCACGUUAAACUGCUCGAUCGCGCAACAUCGUUUUAAUGCCACGUGCACCUACGUGAUUCUUUUAUCUUUUUGUCGAGACAGUUCUUGUAUCAGUAUCAUGAUGAAGAAUAAUACUUUUGUUGAAGAAAAGAAAAUGGUCGAUUUUUGUUAUCGCGCACCGUAAUGCUCUCUCUUUCAUUUUCACGCAAGGUCUCGAGAAGAAAAGUGUUCCGACAAAUUUUUAUAAUUAAAGCAUGUAACAUAAGAGUUCUGUGAUUUGUCAUCAUUAAGUAAUUUCUGUUACAAAUGUUUCUAAAUUUUUUUAUGGCUGUGUGGAUUUGCACAUAAUUGCAACCACGAGCAACUAUGAAAUCACAAGAUCGAGACGUACGAUAAAAGAUAAGGUAUUUAUCUGUUAUACUGAAUAGAGAUAGUUGUUAUAAAAUACAAUCGGAAAAAACCUAUACAUGCAGAGAACGUAUUCGUGAACUUGGCUACUUGAAUGUGUAAGUUUCGGACAAGAUCAAUAGUAAUCAAGAGCACGACCAGAGCGAGAGAUGAGCGUCGCGACGGUGGUCGGCGCCGCUAUCAAAACAGCCACUGUCCUCCUUGGCGUCGGUAUUGGUAAGAUAACUAUAAUCCCAGUGCUGAUUGCCGCGCUCGCAUACUUCAAUUAUGAUCUUAUGGACCCGGAAAACCAUCCACGCGUGACGAAGCAAUUAAGGAAAGAUUACGACUUUGUUAUCAUCGGUGGUGGUUCAGCUGGCAGUGUGCUAGCCAAUAGGCUAACUGAAAAUCCUGAAUGGAGUGUACUAUUAUUGGAGGCCGGAGGUCAUGAGACCGAAAUAACCGAUGUGCCGAUACUAUCACUAUAUUUGCACAAGAGUAAACUCGAUUGGAAGUAUCGCACACAGCGGCAGGAUACGGCAUGCCAGGCGAUGGUCGAUCGCCGAUGCUGCUGGACUAGAGGCAAGGUGCUUGGAGGCUCUAGCGUCCUGAAUACGAUGCUUUACGUGCGAGGAAAUCGGCGCGAUUUUGAUCAAUGGGAGAGUUUCGGAAAUCCUGGUUGGGGAUACGAAGAUGUACUCCAGUAUUUUAAAAAGUCAGAAGACCAAAGAAAUCCGUAUUUAGCACGCAAUACAAGAUAUCAUGGUACAGGAGGAUACUUGACCGUGCAGGACAGCCCGUAUGUCACUCCAUUGGGCGUUGCAUUCCUACAAGCAGGCGAAGAAAUGGGCUAUGAUAUUUGUGAUAUCAAUGGAGAGCAGCAAACUGGUUUCGCCUUUUUCCAAUUUACAAUGCGACGCGGUGCUAGGUGCAGCACCGCUAAAGCAUUUGUGCGACCCAUUCAACUGAGAGAAAAUUUUCAUCUCUCUCUGUGGAGUCACGUGACUCGAGUGUUGAUUGAUCCACAAAGAAAAAAGGCAUAUGGAGUAGAGUUUAUCAGAGACGGUCGUAAAGAAGUAGUAUUCGCCAAGAAAGAGGUGAUUCUUUCGGCCGGCGCUAUUAAUAGUCCACAAUUGCUAAUGCUUUCCGGAGUAGGGCCACGUGCACAUUUGGAGCAAUUGGGAAUUCCCGUGAUUGAAGACUCACCCGGAGUCGGGCAGAAUCUACAGGAUCACAUAGCGGUUGGUGGACUCGUUUUCCCAAUCGAUUACAAGAUUAGCAUCGUGAUGAAUCGAAUAGUGAAUAUUAAUUCAGCGCUAAGAUAUGCCAUUACCGAGGAUGGCCCGUUGACGUCCAGUAUCGGCCUCGAGGCGGUCGGCUUUAUUUCCACCAAAUAUGCCAAUCAGACCGAUGAUUGGCCUGAUAUCGAGUUCAUGUUGACAUCCUCGGGAACUAACUCUGACGGUGGCGGCCACGCGAAGAACGCUCACGGUUUAACUGAUGAAUUCUAUAACGAAGUGUUUAGUAAAAUCAACAAUCAUGAUGUUUUCGGUGUUUUUCCGAUGAUGUUGAGACCCAAGUCGCGCGGUUAUAUCAGACUGAAAUCUGCGAACCCUUUAGAUUAUCCGCUACUCUACCAUAAUUAUCUCACUCAUCCAGAUGACGUGGCAGUGCUUCGCGAAGGAGUCAAGGCGGCUAUCGCCUUUGGCGAGACCAGUAGUAUGAGAAGAUUCGGCUCUAGAUUUCAUAGCAAGCCAUUACCUGGUUGCAAGCAUAUUGCACUGUAUACCGACGAGUACUGGAAUUGCGUUGUCAGACAAUACACGAUGACGAUAUAUCAUAUGAGCGGCACCGCCAAAAUGGGCCCGCCCAUUGACCCAAUGGCGGUUGUGAAUUCAGAGCUAAGGGUUUAUGGAGUUGAGGGCUUGCGAGUGAUAGACGCAUCUAUUAUGCCGACAAUUACUAGUGGCAACAUCAAUGCGCCCGUUAUAAUGAUCGGCGAAAAGGCGGCUGAUAUGAUAAAGGCAAAAUGGACAAGAUAAACUCUCAUUUCCAAAGGAACAAUGUCACUGUCGCUGCUUUUUGACACGCGGCUCUCGAUCAAUUGCGUAAUCGCAAUGUAAUAUAAAGACGCAUGGCUAAGUAGAAACAAAUAGCUUUAUGCAUAUUUUCGUGAAAAAAAUUUAAAAAAUAAAAAGAAGACAAGAAA